GAGCUGUAACCAUCUCACCACUGAGCCCAUUACUUUUCCAAGAUCAGAAAAGUAUUACACUAACAGGAACCAUUCCUUAUUCAGAUAAGAAUUCAAGAAGUUGACUCCUACAGGAGGGAAUCUGAAAAAUGACAGGAGCAAAGAGGAAGAAGAAAAGUGCGCUGUGGGGCAAGAUGCAUACCCCCCACUGUGAAGACAUUAAACAGUGGUGUAAAAGGCGCCUACCUAUUUUGGAAUGGGCACCACAGUACAAUCUGAGGGAAAACCUGCUCCCAGACAUUGUGUCUGGAGUAAUGUUGGCAGUUCAACAGGUGACACAAGGACUGUCCUUCGCUAUUCUUUCAUCUGUACACCCAGUUUUUGGUUUAUAUGGAUCUCUGUUUCCAGCGAUCAUUUAUGCCGUAUUUGGAAUGGGACGCCAUGUUGCCACAGGCACUUUUGCCUUGACAUCCUUGAUAUCAGCCAACGCUGUCGAGCGGCUUGUUCCUCAAAGCAGCAGGAACCUCACCACAGAGAGCAACUCAAGUGUGCUGGGCUUGUCCGACUUUGAGCUACAGAGAAUCGGGGUUGCAGCGGCAGUUUCGUUCUUGGGAGGAGUGAUUCAGAUGGUUAUGUUUGUGCUGCAGCUGGGCAGUGCCACAUUCCUGCUUACCGAGCCCGUGAUCAGUGCCAUGACCACAGGGGCUGCCACCCAUGUCGUGACGUCACAAGUCAAGUAUCUCUUGGGAAUAAAAAUGCCAUAUAUAUCUGGACCACUGGGAUUCUUUUACAUUUAUGCAUACGUUUUUGAAAACAUUAAGUCUGUCCGGCUGGAAGCACUGCUCUUGUCCUUGCUGAGCAUCGUCGUCCUUGUUCUUGUUAAAGAGCUGAAUGAACAGUUUAAAAGAAAAAUUAAAGUUGUUCUUCCUGUCGACUUAGUUUUGAUCAUUGCUGCCUCGUUUGCUUGCUAUUGUACGAACAUGGAAAGCACAUACGGAUUAGAAGUAGUUGGGCACAUUCCAAAUGGGAUUCCUCCACCCCGUGCUCCUCCAAUGAACGUCCUCUCUGCAGUGCUCACCGAAGCUUUCGGGGUUGCACUUGUGGGCUACGUGGCCUCCCUGGCUCUCGCUCAAGGAUCUGCCAAGAAGUUCAAGUACUCAGUUGACGACAACCAGGAAUUUCUGGCCCACGGCCUCAGCAACGUGAUCCCGUCCUUCUUCUUCUGCAUCCCAAGCGCUGCUGCCAUGGGAAGGACGGCUGGUCUGUACAGCACGGGCGCGAAGACACAGGUGGCUUGUCUAAUAUCUUGCAUUUUCGUCCUUAUAGUCAUCUAUGCAAUAGGACCUUUGCUGUACUGGCUGCCCAUGUGCGUUCUUGCUAGCAUUAUUGUUGUGGGACUGAAGGGAAUGUUAAUACAGUUCCGGGAUUUAAAAAAAUACUGGAAUGUGGAUAAAAUCGAUUGGGGCAUAUGGAUCAGCACUUACAUUUUUACAAUCUGCUUUGCUGCCAACGUGGGACUGUUGUUUGGUGUUGUCUGCACCAUAGCUAUCGUGUUAGGACGCUUCCCAAGGGCAAGGACUUUAAGUGUAACAAACAUGAAAGAAAUGGAAUUUAAAGUGAAAACAGAAAUGCAUGAUAGCACAGAGAACUGGCCUCCUUCCAAAAGGACCAAUGUCGAGGUCUUUCCAGGUAGCCUGAACACAGGAAGUAACGUCAGGAGUCUUUCUGUGACACCCAGGAGAAUGGAAACCUUGCAACAGAUAAAGAUCAUUUCAGUAAACAACCCACUUGUUUUCCUGAAUGCAAAGAAAUUCAACGCUGAUCUAAUGAAAAUAGUCCUAAAGGAAAAGGACAGCAGCCAGACACUUGACGAUGUUAGUAAGUGUGAACAGAACACCUUGCUCAAUUCCCUGUCCAAUGGCAACUGUAAUGAAGAGGCUUCCCAGCCCUGCCCCGGAGAGAGGUGUUCUUUGGUCCUGGACUGCAAUGGCUUGACCUUUUUCGACUACACAGGAGUCUCCACACUUGUUGAGCUUUACCUUGACUGCAAGAGCAGGAGUGUCGAUGUGUACUUAGCCAAUUGCACAGCAUCCUUGAUAAAAGCGAUGGCGUACUGUGGAGAUUUGGACACUGAAAAGCCGAUUUUUUUUGACUCCGUAUCUGCUGCAGUAAGUGCCGUCCAGUCAAAUAAGAACUUGAGCAAGGUCAGUGAUCACAGUGAAGUCUGAGGCCCACAUGCUGACGUGCACAUCUCAUCUCUAGCAGCUGCCCUGAAGAGGCCACAGACUGGCGUUUUGCCCAAGUUUUGGUGUGUAGGUGGAGCAUCAUUCUGUAAGAAUGAUGUGAGUUAGCAACUGCAGAGCCGCUAGCCAAGAUUUGCUGACCCCUUAUUUUUCUAAUUUUUCUUACUAAACACUUUCAUUUAAUUAUUACAUAGGCACCAAUAUAGAUGUAGAUUUAGUUUACUGAAUAGUAUUUUGUAUGGUCUUAUUUUUAUUUUGUUGUAAGCUAACAAGUGGAGAAACACUUUUUAUCAAAUGUGGUUUGGAUUAUUUAUAAGCCAUUUGUAAAAAAAAAAUUAAGAUCAUCUAACUAAUACAUUAAUAAUGUUAGCAAAUGUGCCAUUUCCCAUAGUUUUAUCACAAAGUUAUUGAAACGUCAGUAAGAUAAAAUAUCACUUUAUACAGUGAAAAAUAAAUCCACAGAAAGAAAACAAAGAAGUCGUUAACGCCAGCACCCACUGACACAGUCACUCUGACAGUAUUCACGCCUUCAGCGACGUGUUUGUAUGUGGAAGAAAACUGAUGUUGUAACAAAACUAUGUUCUUGGCAUUAGUCUGCUUAGAUGUGGAUACUGGAAACCAUUAGAUAUUCAAUUAAAUAACUCAUUUCUGCAUUGCCACAAUAAGACGUUCUGCUUUCAGCCUUAUUUUUAAUUGUAAUCAGAGAAUAUGAGAAUUUUGCAUCUAAUUUUUUUCAGAAAUAUGAUAGUUUAGAAAGGAAAAUACCAUGAGUAGAAUAGCUCUGUGCUAUUUUGAUGUAAGAUUAACUUAGAAAUUGUGAAUUUUCUAUUUGAGAGAUACCAAGUCAGUAAAAUGUAGUAUAUUAUCUAUCUAUAUGAAGAUAGAUAUCAAAUAGACAGAUACACAGACAGAUAGAUGACAAACAGACAGAUGACAGGUAAAUCUCUCUGGUACAUUUUCCAUUUUAUUUUGUAAGAAGUGAACUUGGAUGCUACAAUCUGUAAAUUUACCAAAACAAUAGGAUAAUUGACAACACUAAUGGGCAGAUUUGUUUCAUGUUUGUAUAUUUUAUUUUUAAUUAUAUAGAAGUAUGCAAUUUUAUAAUUUCUAACAAAUUUAUAUAUGAAGUGAUAGAUUAAAUUACACGUUAUUCUUAAUGGCAUUUAAACUAUUUUAGAAACUAACACUGUCAGGGAAAGCCAAGUACUGCAAAGGGAGUUUGAAAAGCAAGUUAAAAUAGAAAUUAAAAAUUGGCCGUCUAGUGUGGCUCUUAUGGGCAUCUGUAAGAGCAAAUUCUAACUCCUGUCCAAGUGAUAGAUUGGAAUUUUCCUCAGCAAAUGCAUGGUAAAUACAUGACUCUUAACUUUAACACCUCAGUCUUUGAUAGGGUGAAAUAAUAAAAUUUAAAGGCCAAAAACAGUGUUACAAAAUUUUAUAGUCAUUUUCAUUUUCAGUUUCACUGAAACAAACUCAAAAGAAUGGUGUUGGUCAUCCAAAAUAGCCUCAAUCUCUUUAUCGCUUAUUUGGGUAGUACCAAGUAAGGUUGGGGGUGGAGAAUUAGAAAUAAUUUCCGUAUAAAAAGGGAUUUUACUCUGCAUCAUCCAUUUGCAUUAGUCUAAAGGUAGUGAUAUUCUUCAUUCCCAACCCAUUGGUCCCUGCCAAAGAAUCAAGAGUCAUGGAAAGCCAAGAAAAGAAAUAUGCUAUGGUACAUAUAAAGUGAUAUUUUGCUAUAUAAGUUUGGCCUUUAAUUAAACUCAUGCAUUGUGGGCAUUUUUAAUUUGUUGUAGACUAUGGUUCAUGGCUGACAUUAAAAUCAUUACAGGCAAUUGUUGGAUGGUUUGUUCUGUUCUGUUGUUAGUGCUGAGACAAUAUUGCCUGAGAAAUUGCAUUUGAGUUCAUUUAAGCAUUUAUAGUAUAGGUUUAAUGCAUAAAAAGUUAACACCAUUAAUUUCAGCAUCAUAUUGUUAUAGUCAAAGACAAGGAAGACCAAACCACACACACUAUAAAGUCCACAGCCCAAUAGCUUAUGUCAAGACCACAAUGACUACCCAAAGAAAGGAGUUAAGUUUUGAGAGUCUGAGAACUGCAUCUAAGUUUUGAACAUACAAGUUUUUAUUUCAAAUCAGAAGCAGAGAACACAGAAGCUAUAAAGUGGCUCCGGCGUUGCAGUAUCUUCUAUCAGCACACUGACUUGUUCUUACGGGGCCACCAUAUUUUCAUAUGAUAAACUCCUUCCACAGUACUUAUAGUGAAAUACCAUUAAAAAACAAAACUGACCUAUACACGUGUUAAGAACAUUAAUGUGGCAGAUAUGAAA